CCGGCCCCUCCUGGUUCUGACCGCUGCUGCCGCGAUCUUCUUCUCUGACCAGGCCCCGCGGACGUGGAGCGAAGAGGCGGCAGCAAAUUGCCCAAAGAUGAAAGUGACCUUAUCUGCCCUUGAUACUUCGGAGUCUUUUUUCAAGCCUUUAGUAAUCUUAGAACUUGCCCGAGAUGUCAAAGAAGAGACCAGGAAAUGGUUGGAGAAAAAAAUUAAUGAUAAAAAGAAAAAUGGAGGUGCCCAGUUGCUAAUUAGGCCCUUGAUUGAGAAGUGUGAAGAACAAACCUUGGAGAGUCAGAAUGUGUAUCUAAUUGGCGCCUCUACAAUCAGGUUGCUGCUCGGAGCAGAAUCGGUAGGGUUGGUGAAGGAAUGCAAUGACAACACCAUGAGAGUGUUCACAUAUGAGAGCAGGAAGAACUUCAAAGGCUUCAGUGAUGACAAUGAUGAUUUCCUCACGAUGUCUGAGUGUCAGUUUAUUAUCAAGCAUGAACUUGAAAAUCUUAGAGCAAGAGAUGAAAAGAUGAUCCCUGGAUACCCCCAGGCCAAACUCUAUCCAGGAAAAUCUAUCCUGCGGAGAUUACUCACUUCCGGCCUCGUGACUCAAUUCUUCCCACUACAUGACAAUGAAGCUCUGAAGAAGCUCGAGAGCAGGUGGUACAACCGAUUCAAGCUGAAGUACCAGCCUUUGGACGACAUCCGCGUGUACUUUGGGGAGACCAUUGCCCUGUACUUUGCCUUCUUGGAGUACUUCACCUUCGCCUUGAUUCCCAUGGCGCUCAUUGGGCUGCCUUACUACGUGUUUGACUGGGAGGACUAUGACAAGUACGUGAUCUUUGCCUCCUUCAACCUGAUCUGGUCCACGGUGAUCCUGGAGGUGUGGAAGCGCGGCUGCGCGCUGAUGACCUACCGCUGGGGGACGCUGCUGAUGAAGCGGCAGUUCGAGGAGCCGCGGCCCGGCUUCCAUGGCGUCCUGGGCGUCAACCCCGUCACCGGCCGGGAAGAGCCACUGUACUCGAGCUUCAAGAGGCAGCUGCGCAUCUACCUGGUCUCCCUGCCCUUUGUCUGCCUCUGCCUCUACUUCUCCCUCUACGUCAUGAUGCUCUACUUUGACCUGGAGGCCUGGGCUCAGGACCUGCACCGCGACAGCAGCGUCCCUGAGCUGACCAACGUGCUGCUCUUCGUGCCCAGCAUCAUCUACGCCAUCGUCAUCGAGAUCAUGAACCGUCUCUACCGCUUCGCUGCCGAGUUCCUGACCUCCUGGGAGAAUCACAGGCUGGAAUCUGCCUAUCAAAAUCACCUCGUCCUCAAGGUGUUGGUGUUCAACUUUCUAAAUUGUUUUGCAUCACUCUUCUACAUUGCCUUUGUGAUGAAAGACAUGAAACUUUUGCGACAGAGCCUGGCUACGCUGCUGAUCACUUCUCAGAUCCUGAACCAAAUCGUAGAAACCCUUCUUCCUUACUGGCUCCAAAGGAAGUACGGCUUGCGGGUGAAGAAGAAAGUGCAGGCUUUAAAAGCAGAUGUGGACGUGACUCUGUACGAACAAAUCGUCCUGGAAAAAGAAAAGGGGACCUACUUGGGCACCUUUGAUGAUUACUUGGAGCUGUUCUUACAGUUUGGAUACGUGAGUCUUUUCUCAUGUGUCUAUCCAUUAGCAGCUGCCUUUGCCGUUCUGAACAACUUUUCUGAAAUUAAUUCAGAUGCCUUAAAAAUGUGCAAGGUCUUCAAGCGGCCCUUUGCAGAGCCUUCAGCAAGUAUCGGUGUCUGGCAGUUGGCUUUUGAGACCAUGAGUGUCAUCUCAGUGGUUACCAACUGUGCCCUGAUUGGAAUGUCUCCACAAUUAAAUGCAGUUUUUCCACAUUCAAAAACGGACCUCAUCUUGAUCGUGGUGGCAGUGGAGCACGCGCUGCUGGCACUAAAGUUCGUCCUGGCCUUCGUCAUCCCCGACAAGCCGCAGGAGAUCCAGGUGAAGCUGGCCAAGCUGGAAUUCGAGUCUUUGGAAGCCCUCAAACAGCAGCACAUUAAACUGGUGGCCGAGUCGCUGAAGGAGGAAGGGAAGGAAGAGGAGAAGAAGUCCCCUUAGGACAGCCCCCGGUCUCCGGGGCAGCGGCCGGUCCGGCCCUCUCAGAACUGAGCGGACCUCCCGGGGCCUGGGCUCUCCUCCGUCCCGAGGGCGGCGGGCCCAGCCUGGCUCCUUGUGGGCCUUCACCAGCGGCUGGCCUCGGACCAGCCUCCCAGCAUCCUCUCCGCCGCCUGGGCAGCAGCCCCAGCUUCAGAGCUCAUGUGGUAGCUGAAGCUGGCCCCCACCAGGCAGGUCUCCCCGCCCCCUCCCCUCCGGUCCCUUGGGGGGAGGGGCCGUCCGGGGCAGCCUGGCCCCUGGGCCGGCCCCAUACCCGCUUCUCCCCUCCCCCCCAACACUUGAUUCUGUAUUAUUCACGCCCCGGGCCUUAGCCUGAUGAUGCCCCUGGGGCCCGCUGGGUGGCCCGGGGCAGGCCGGCUGCCGAGAAGGGGGGGCUCCCCCAAAGCCCCCGAACUGACUCCCUGCCCGGCACGGGUGGGACUUGGAGCCAUUAAAGACAAAGCUGCAUGACGGUUA